UGAGAUGCGUGGAGUCCGUCCGCUGCCUCCAUCCUUCAUUAAACGGUAAGCUGACUGCAGAGCGUCACCGUCUGUGCAGGAGACACACAGUGUUUGUUACACAGUUUUAUACAGCUUUAAGUACCCAACUAUCAAUGACGACAUGACGGACCCUGUUGCGUCGUCGCCUUGGUGAGAUAAUGCUGAAUAUCCGUCUCCAUGUUUCCCGAUAACACAAAUGCUACAACUGGACUGUCCCUGCAUCAGUGUUGUGGUUUGUAGGUAGAGAGUGUCACCAUGGUUACCAGGCACCCAAGGGAUCCCAACUACGUUCCUGCCUUCAGGCUCCGCCCCUUGAAUUUCCACACCUGCUGUGAUUUGUUUACCUGCCCCUGGGUUUCCUGCUUGUAAACCCCAUAUAUUAGCAGGAUUCUCUGGGCUCUGCAGCAUAGAUGACCUGAGAAACAAUCCUGAAGACUAACAAGUGGCCCAGCAUAUGGUAUAUUGUAGACAAAUGCAUCCUUCAGAAUGAUCCCUUCUGGAUUUAUGUCUGUCAGGUUGCAUCUGGGUGAAGGAAACACAUGUAGCUGCUGCAUGUCAUCACUGACAAAACAAGGUGUCCAUCCUUCCUUCCUUCCUUCCUUCCUUCCUUGGUGCCGAGGAGGAGCAGACUGUGUUUCGGAGGGUUGGAUCAAAAGCAGUAGGACCCUCGAUGCUAUUUAAAGUGUCUGCAACAUCGCUGAACUUGGGUAACCAUGGUAGCCAUCCGGUAUGUUUUCUCCCCCGUAUUCCCAUACUUUUAGACAGACAGACUACACAAUGACACACUGACACUGAAAUGCAUUGGCUGACUGAGCGAUGUGACAGUGCAUAGAUGGACUGUGCAACGCUGCUAAAGUUCACAUCACUAUCAAAUUAUGAAAGCAAUGUCUCUUUGAUGAAGAGUAAAAGUGUUUGCCUGAAGAAGACUCUAUGGUGCUGUAGAAGGCAAUUUAGUAUUUUGUAUGAAUUAUGAUUUUCUCUAAUAGUUUCUCACUUGCUUCUUGGCCACAACAGAUUGGCUGUAGCCUCAGGAUGGGUCAAAAAUAACAUCGGGGAAACACAGUGGCCUUUACUACAAUGUUUAUUAAAAACUGAUCCCCUUUAAAUUCAAUAACAGGAAAGUGAGUACUUUCCCAAGCCUCCUGCAUGUCAUUGCAUUUAUGCAAUAUUGUGUUAUUAUUAUUUUUUACAUGUUACCGUCUCCAUCUGAACUGUAGAUGAUCUUAUUGGGCAGAGGUUUUGUGGACAUUUUUUUUUUCAAAGACAGACCAGCACUGUGAUAUAAACAUGUGGAUUAAUAUGAUCACGUGGAAAGCCCAAAUAUCCGUCAAACAUUUAGAUUCUGCAUUACCUGUUUGUAGUUGAAGCCACAGGCAAAAAGUUAGCAUUAAAAAAGUUUUGUUUUUAAAUUCAAGGCAGAUGAAAGCAGGUGUCCAUCACAUUCUGGGCUAAAAGUACAUCGUUCCCUGUCAGAUUUUUAUCAGCUGCAGCAUAAAAAUAGCUGAGGUGGUUUUAAAGUAUGUCUGCAGUAACUUUCUCACUCCUUUAACUGACUAACUUUAAACUUUGGAAUCGUUUUUAAAUAUGAACUAAACUUUCCUGCGUUGCAAAUUAUUGUCCAAUGAUUUUGUGUGGGAUUGUAUUCUGUUAAUCCAACAAUAUCGCAAGCCCACUAACAUGUUGUGAAGAGCAGAGUGAGACGUGAAACCUCUGUCAUCACAUGCCCUUAAGGAUGAUCCCAGUAUUUUCUUCUUUUUUUAUGGUUCAGAUGGCUUUCUUUUCACCACACUGAGUGGUGCAGAUAAUGGCAUUUCUUUCUCAAUUCACAAUCCCACUUGAGGGAAAUACUACGGCUACAGAUGGACGCUUUUGGAAAUCUUUCCCCUGUGAGCCAAGAUGUCAAGUUCAACCAUAUGCAGGCUCCUCUUUUCUUCAUUUACUCUCCCUAAUGAAAUCUCUCUCUCGCUCUCUCGUUCAUAAUUCUGCUGAAUGGAUUCUUUUGAGGAGCCUGAAGGGUGUGAGUGUUCUGAGCCAUGUAUGACUCUAUAAAAAGACUGCUCCUUCCCUUUUCACAACACACUUCUCUUGCUGCCCAAGUGCUGACAGUUCCAUCCAGUGACCCACACUAGUUUAAAGUGUGAAGGUCAUGCUGUCAACUGUUGUUUCAUCCAGUGUUCCUUUGGACCGGGAUUACUGUGGUCUGCUGUCACGAUAUGUUCAGCAAUCCAAAAAAACGAGUGCAGAUUAAAAAGACGUACAAGGUCGACCCAAUGGUGGUUGUUCUAUAGCAUAAUUAUUUGAUCUCCGCACGUUACGCUUUAACCAACACGAGUUCAGUUGACUGGUUUUAGCAUUUUUGGCUCUCUCGCUCUCUCUCUCUCUCUCUCUCUCUCCAGAAUGCAAAACUUGUGCUGAAGCUGAAACCCCACAGAUCCUGGGGGCUCAGAUCCCAGCUGGAUGUGUAUGAUGUUGUGUAGCGACAGUGGCGACACCUCCUGUGAACAGGCAGCUUGUCUGCUGCUUACAGCUGAUGCAAAGACACCAUGCUGGAAACACUGCUGGCGAUGGCACCACAUUAACACCACCAAGUACACAAUAUAAACUCCACCUAGUGUCUCCAAUCCUCCUGCAGCCAUGGCUGUGUCUGCAUCUGGACGGACCGUGUUCACCAUCCUCCUCAUUAGCAGGUUGUUAGAGGGUUCUUUGCUGAAUGCAGAAAUGAAGGAGGGAGAGAUUCUGCCUCCCACCAUUCAGAGGCUGAUGAAGGGAUACAACAAGUACCUCCGGCCUUUCUUUGACGACGGUCCGGUAACCGUGGGCAUGAGCUUGGACAUCGCCAGCAUUGACACAAUCUCGGAGAUCAACAUGGACUACACCGCAACCAUAUUCCUCCGCCAGCGCUGGACCGACGAGCGAUUGGUAUUUGAAGGCAAUAAAAGCCUCAGUCUUGACGGGCGGCUCGUUGAGCUCCUCUGGGUCCCCGACACCUUUAUCGUGGACUCCAAGAAGUCCUUCCUCCAUGACAUCACAGUUGAGAACCGACUGAUCCGUAUCUUCCCCAAUGGGACCGUUCUUUAUGCUCUGAGGAUUACGACCACCGUGGCCUGCAACAUGGAUCUGACCAAGUAUCCCAUGGACAAGCAGACCUGUACACUGCAACUGGAGAGCUGGGGUUACAAUAUUAAUGAUGUUAUGUUCUACUGGACCAGAGGAAACGAGUCUGUCAGUGGUUUGGACACUUUACAGCUGGCUCAGUAUACAGUGGAAGACCAUUACACUUCUGUCUCAGAGGCCGUCUAUGAAACAGGCAAUUACCCCAGGUUGGUCUUCCACUUUGAGUUGAAGAGGAGCAUUCUCUACUUCAUCCUGGAGACCUAUGUUCCAUCGAGCCUGCUGGUGGUCCUCUCAUGGGUUUCCUUCUGGAUUUCUUUAUCCUCUGUUCCUGCACGUAUUUGUAUAGGUGUGACCACGGUGCUGACCAUGACCACGCUAAUGAUGGGAGCCAGGACGUCGCUGCCCAAUGCCAACUGCUUCAUCAAGGCCAUCGACGUGUACUUGGGAAUCUGCUUCAGCUUCAUUUUUGGCGCGCUCAUCGAGUACGCCGUGGCCCACUUCUGCACCCUCACACACCCCGACACGCACUUGCUCAUGUACGGUCACCGGAUGCACGACUUUGACGAUGAAAUGAACGGCAUCGUCACCACCAUCUCCAGUCACCCCAGCAGAGCCAAGAGACGCAAGGAACCCGCUGCAUCUCCUCCCCCAGCUCCUGCCGCCACAGAACUCACCGUCACUCCCUCCAGUCCCUCUGGCAGUGAGGCCAAACCUGAGGCAUCGCCUCCAGAGCCCACCAAUUGGUGCCUCAGUGCUAUGGCCAUUCUCUGCAAAGUGCUGCGCUCCAUAUACUGCUGUCAUGUGGAGAACCCGCACCACAUAGACUACUACUCCAGACUCACCUUCCCAAUGUCUUUCGUCAUGGUCAACCUGCUCUACUGGACAUACUAUCUGUACUUUUAGCAUCUGUGUCAGUGCAUGCGUCCCAUGGUGUGCCAGACGGAGAGUGUUUGUAGAAAAGAAGUGUACUUUACUGUAUGAGUCAUUUCUACGUUAAGAUUAAUAAGCAAAGUAGCUGAUAUGAUGAAAUUUACUCUAAUACGUAACCGUUUCAAAUUUCACCCACGUGGGUUUGUUUAAAACAGUGGGCGUACUUGGCUGGCAAGAUUUGUUCAAUUCUAUUACACCUUAAGAUUAAAAGAACAUCGAUUCCAAAGAAAUGCAUGGUCAGUCUGCAUCUUUUAUCAGCAAAUUUAUUUUCAAAUGUUUAAAUGCCUCAUAAUGCAGGCUGGCACAUGAGACAUGCUGUUAUCCACAGCUCUAUGGCUGACCAAAUGCAGGUUCCACCUUGUCUUAUUUUCGUUUCCAACAGUAAAUGUGUUAGGGAGUUAUGUUCAUCAAUAACGGGAUGUACCCUCAUAACCUGAAGCGUCAUAAUGACAUUGGAAUUGUCACCAGUGCUGGCUCCACAGCAAAAAGAGUGUAAUUAAACUUUCUUUUCAUAGUGUAACCAGGACAUAAUUCCCUGUUUCCCAGCCAGCUGACUAGUUAGAAUAGGAUGUGAGUUUUGGUUAUUUUAAUUGGUAUUAAAUGUGAUAAUGUAUUAAAGAGCUCGAGCUGGUUAGUCAUAGCAGCAGCAGCUUUAUAUUGUUGGGUUUUCUGUCCCUCUGGCUGCACAUUCGUCAUUCCCAUUAUCCACGGAAUACCUCAAGAACAGCUUGAGGGACUUUCGUCAGAUUAAGCACAAAUGUUCACGUUGACCACAGGAGUGAACUGUUUUGAUUGUUGUGGUCAAAGGUCAUGGUCACAGUGACCUCAAACAAAUUCCGCAUCUCCUGAACGCCUUGAGCAAAUCCCUUGACAUUUUGCACCAACAUUCAGUUGGACCUAGUGGUUAACUGCUUGGAUUUGAAAGCUCAAGGACAUAGCUCCAGAAACAGGUGUUUGGCCUCUUGGACAUUCAGUCAACAUGGCACGUCAGUGUGGUGAUGGCGCCGCGAAGGGUGAAAACUUCACUGUCAAUUAAAGUGUUGAUAGUAAAUAUUGACAUAUUUGUACAUUAUAUGUGGAUAUAAUAGGUCAGCAACACUUAUAUUAUAUGUCACUACAUUAUAGUGAAGUAUAAUACAUAUUUAUUACAGGUUUUGUUCUCACCCGUGUUUGACACUGCAGUGAUUUGAAUAUAACUGAAAUGGCCAAAAUAUUACAACACUAUUUAAACAGGGCUAUGUAUGAGUCGUUGCUAUCGCCGUAUAGUCAACGUAGCAUAGCAUUUAUUAGCUGUUUAAUAGCCAUUUUAUCAGAAAUUAUGUUUCUGUGAAUUUAAUCUCAAAAUUACUGAUAAACCUCCAGCAGUGAAAAGCAACUGAAUGUUUGUUUUUGAUUCUGUUUCUGUUGACUUUCUGUCACCUUUGCUUCUUCUUCGGGUUUGCUAUAACCACCUGGCCUGCCUCCUCGUUUUCUGGUAGAGUUGCUGUAGCAUCCAGGCUGCCCUGAGGAAGUACUGCUGCUCAAAGGGCACAUGAUGAGCUCUAGUACUGUAAAGCAAUAGAUUGAAUUUUGUGGCAGAAGCCACGAUCAGUGGAAGGCAAAACUUCUAGAAUGCAUAGAUAAGUUCAGGUGAUUGAUCUGCCGUUCAUCUAAUUUCAUCUGGGAUUGACUCCAGUGCCCUCCAAUGACUCUCAGAGGAUAAGCAUUUUAGUUGAUUGAUGAAGGGAUGGAUGGAUGGAUGGCCAAAGAUCCCAGUUUACUUUUGUCCCUCCCCUUACUUCUUCAGCUGAAAGUUUGCAAUUCUUUUUCCAAGUGGAAAUAAAGUGGAAACUACUUCAUCUGAAAUAGCGUGCACUCAAUGCCGAGCAGAACGCAACACUUGACACUUCGGGUGGAGAACAGGAUUUAGUCGAACGACAGAGAUGCAUGUUUUGUAUUGUGUUGAAUAUUGUUGUGACAUGCGCUCACUUAUUUAAACGGAAGCUGAAUUAAACAGCCCUUUUUAAUCAUCUUCAUGCCGGACACAGAAGUAUCCAUUUUCAAGAGCUACCUUUUUGACAUUUAUUGAACUUCAUCUAAGCUUAGUUGGUAUCUAUCUACGCUCCACCGCCUUUCAAGCUGUUUAUGUUAAUAACACAUUGCUUUCCAUGUUUUUUUUAUCUACUUUUAACUGUCAUCUUCUACUAAACUUCUUGACUCUUCUUGUUGCCUGCUGAUAAUGGGGAAACAAAUAGUUUCUUUCUUUAGUUUCUGUUCCUCCUGCAUGAUUAUAACUUGUAACUUUUGUUCAUUCUGCUUAGUUCGAUUUCCUUUGAUUUAACAUGACGUGAGAAUCCUGAAAAUGUUUAGCUGAGGCCAUUGAAAGGAUGAGUUUUCAUUGACGGUUGAAAGUGGUGAGCACUGAGCCGUGGGAGCAUCGAUGUGAGGGAACACAGAUUGUUUUUUUAAGAAUAGUAUCCCGGUGGUUCUAGAUUUGAUAGUUAUAAUAGGAAGACAUGAACACUACUAUGGAGCCAAAGACCCACAAGAGAGCAACCACCACGGCUGUCUCACAGGUUGGAUGCAUACAGAAUGUUUGUUGUGUUGUUGUUUUUCUAAUGGAGUUGAUCCAUACAAAAUGCUCACAAGUACCAAUUCCCCAGUGGCUCCAUGGUCACUACAUUUCUCUGAAUGAACAGUGUGGUGUUGACAUUACAGAAAGAAAACUAUUAAAUGGAACAUCGUCUGCACCGUUGCCAGGACAUUUGGAGCAACUGUGUAGCAACUUUAAUCAGAAAAAAAGGAGGAAAACAGCUACUGGUCAACUGCUCUUUCUCUUUCUGUUGUGAUGCCUCAAGGUGAUAUUGUCUUCCAACGUCACAGUUGCUUGGACAUUUUCCCGCUAAAACUACUUUUAACACGGCGUUAUGAAAGGCGUCGGUCUGCUUAACUUGUUGUAAAUAAAUGGUAACACUAUGCAUGUUAAUCUGGUGUAUGAAUAUGAAUGAUAGCAAUAAAAGAGGUGUAAAGUGUGUUGUCAA